AUGUCUGAAGGUUUAGUGAAACACAGUGAAGAAUUUACUAAACAAAUUACAACUGUUUUACCCGGUAUUCAUUGUGCAAUUGGAUAUGGUUUAGCUAAUUCAAUAUUAAUUGAAGGAAAUGAUGGAAAUAUUAUAAUUGAUACAUUAGAAUCACGUGAAAGUGCUGAAGAAGUGAAAAAAGAUUUUGAUAAAAUAUCAUCAAAAUCAAUUCUUGCGAUUAUUUAUACACAUAAUCAUGGAGAUCAUAUUUUUGGUGCUGGAGUUUUUGCAAAUGAAAAUACGAAAAUAUAUUCACAUUCAAAAACAUUAGAAAUUCUUGAUAAAACAAUGAAUUUAGUUCAACCAAUCACAUUUCAACGAGCAUCGAGACAAUUUGGAACAUAUUUAAAUAAACAAACAGGUCAUAUUAAUUGUGGAAUUGGUUCAUUUUUAAAUUAUAAUCAAAAUAAUCAUCGAGCUUAUCUUCCACCAACUGAUACAUUUAAUGAAAAUUCAUUUGAAUUAAAUAUAGCUGGAAGACAAUUCGUUUUAUAUUAUGCACCAGGUGAAACAGAUGAUCAUAUUGUUAUUUAUAUGCCAAAGGAAAAUGUUCUUUUUGCUGCUGAUAAUAUUUAUAAAUCAUUUCCAAAUAUUUAUGCAAUACGUGGUACAACAACACGAGAUCCUUUACAAUGGAUAUCUUCAUUAGAUUUAAUGAGAAAUUUUCAUGUUGAAUAUUUAAUUCCAUCACAUACAAAACCUAUUGUUGGAAAAAAUGAAAUUUAUCAAACAUUAACUUUUUAUCGAGAUGCAAUUCAAUUUGUUCAUGAUCAAACAAUUCGAUUUAUUAAUAAAGGAUUAACACCGGAUGAAAUUAUUGGUAAUAAACUAAUUGAAUUACCACCGAAACUUAAACAACAUCCUUAUUUACAAGAAUUUUAUGGAACUGUUAAUUGGAGUAUACGUGCAAUAUUUGAUCGAUAUUUAGGUUGGUUUAGUGGAAAAACAUCGGAUUUAAAUGUAGAUUCGCCAAAAAUUCGAGCAGAAAAUUUAAUUCAAUUUGGUGGUGGAACAAAACAAGUUUUUGAAAAAGCACAAUUGGCUUUUAAAGAAGAAAAAUAUCAAUGGGCUUUAGAAUUAAUUGAAGCAUUGACUUUAUUUCAUGAAGAUUUAAAUCUUGAAGAAUUAAAUGAAUUUCAUAGUUUAAUUUUAGAAAAACUAGCUUCAUUGGAAAUAUCAGCUAAUGGAAGAAAUUGGUAUUUAACAAAGUCAUUAGAAGUUAAAGGAUUCAUUCAAAUAAAACCAUCGGAAAAACAAAUGAUUGAGACGGUCUUUAAAUCUUCAAUUCAAAAUUGUUUAAAAGUAUUAUCAGUGAAUUUUAAUUAUCAAAAAGCUAAAGAACAAAAUCUUUUAAUUUUCUUUCAUUUUAAUGAUACAAAUGAAAAAUAUUCAAUUGAAAUUCGAAAUUCAAUUGUUGAUAUGCAAGAUGAUUGGAAUGAUAAAAUGAUGUUACCUAAUUUAAUUAUUGAAAUUAAAACAGAAAAUAUCUGGAAACAAGUUUUAAGUCGAUCAAAGACUCCAGUGGAAGCAUUAGAUAAUGAAGAUAUUUGUAUUAAAAAUCAACAAGGUGAAGAUUAUCCUGAAGGAAUUCUUGAAUUUAUUCAAUUUUUACUUCUUUUUACACCGUAA